GCCACCCUAGUGGGCACUCGCUUGGGCGGCGCUCGUGUCCCGCGCUCCCCUCCUCCGCCUUUCAUUCCCAGCUGCCAAGAUCUUGGAAGCUUUGGAGCUUAGCAGAGAAGGGAAAUCCAUUGAGAACAGUCUGUAAAGGUGUCCUAGGACGACCUCUUGGCUUUGCCCCUCUUGCAGAAAGUCUGUGCAGCCUGAGCUGUGGAAUCGACGGAGACACAGCAGUAGUCUGAAAGAUUUCAUCUGAGAAAAUGUCUUUUAGAUUCGGCCAGCAUCUCAUCAAGCCAUCUGUGGUGUUUCUCAAAACAGAACUCUCCUUUGCCCUUGUGAACAGGAAACCUGUGGUUCCAGGUCAUGUCCUCGUGUGCCCUCUGCGGCCAGUGGCACGCUUUGGAGACCUGCGUCCCGAUGAAGUGGCUGACUUGUUUCAGGCGACCCAGAGAGUGGGAACGGUGGUGGAGAAGCAUUUCCAGGGGACCUCGCUCACCUUCUCCAUGCAGGAUGGUCCUGAAGCUGGACAGACUGUGAAGCAUGUUCAUGUCCACGUUCUUCCCAGGAGGGCUGGAGACUUUCACAGGAAUGACAGCAUCUAUGAUGAGCUCCAGAAACAUGACAAAGAGGAUGAGGAUUCCCCCGCCUCUUGGAGAUCAGAGGAGGAGAUGGCGGCGGAAGCUGCAGCCCUGCGGGUGUACUUCCAGUGAGGCAUAAAAGUCACUGAAACAAAUCCCAAGGCAUAAGGAAAUAGGCCUCGUGCUCUAGUGCUCCGUGGUAUAGCACACUGCAGUUGUGCAGCCGUUGGCAAAGCAGUUUAUCACACUCGAGGAAGCCGGGAGGGAAAUCUUCCAUCGCGAUGACUGGCAGUCUAACUUCAAACCCACAGCAUUGACAACCCUGGCACACUUUUCUUGCUGCACACUUACAAUAGAGCCUUUUCUAAACCAUUCCUCAGCUGGGAUGAAAAUAAAAAUGGUAGUU